AAUCUUUGGGUUUGUUUUGCAACAACACGGGUAGAUCAUGGUGAAUUCUCCUCAACCAUGGAGCCCCUUGCUUUCUUUCUUCCUUGCAUUGUGACAGCAUCAUGUUUAAACAGCGAACAAGUUACUGAAGCAGUGCGGCGAUAACGUGCAGGCGUUUGAUAUAGAGUUGCAUGAAUGUGUCAAGCCCUUUUUUAUCGCAUACAAGGGAUAUUGCAGCGACACAUUUGUGGCCUGUGUGAGUGGCCACGAAGAGAAAAUGCCCAAUUUAGGAGGAGAAUGGGGGAGCAACGUCUUUAACUUCAUCGGAUAUUCUAAGCAUGUGCAAAAGCGUGCGUCUGAGGAGCGUUUUCUUCAUCCCUUUUCAGGUUGGCCGCAGUCACAAAGUAGCCAACCGGCGUGGGACUUAGACGGCGUCGUUGUCUGCUUGGUUUCCUGUCAGACAACGGAAGCUUGCCCCUAGAAUCCAUGUCGUAGUGGGCCAGCAGAUUUUUCUUUGCUAUUUCUCUUUUUCUACUGACUCAUGACUUGGGGUUUUGUGGUCGAUCCCACUGGACAGAAUCGUUUCAAAAGCGAAAAAUUGGAAAAGGGGGAGUUGGUGUCCUGAAAAAGCACAUCUUGAGCAGCGUAUUGUUUCCUGACCCAUCUGUUCUGAUCGUUUCUAUCUCUGUGUACAGCAGACAGGUCUGAUUCAUUGAAGCUGUGGUUGUUCUCCAGGUCAAAAGUGUAGAUUGAUAUCCUCUAGACCAGCUUCACUGUUUAGGAGAUGGCUCGAACUCACCCAGAUGAAAAGAUUUUAAGCUACAAUGAUGUUGUUUUGAGAAGAUCUGACUUGGAUAUCCUCAAUGGCCCAUACUUUCUCAAUGAUCGUAUUGUUGAGUUCUAUUUUAGCUAUCUGUCUUCCACCUGUUGCUCUUCCGAAGAAGUACUUCUGGUCUCCCCAUCCAUAUCUUUUUGGAUUUCAAACUGCCCUAUGCUGGAAGAUGUCAAAGAUGUUGUUGCUCCUCUGAGAUUACAAGAUCGUAAGCUGAUAAUAUUUCCUGUUAACAAUAACGAGGAUGUGACUGUUGCAGAAGGUGGGUCUCAUUGGAGCUUGCUUUCAUACUACAAGACAUGCAACUUGUUUGAACACUAUGACAGUUUCGGAUCCUUGAACAAGAGGCAUGCAAUGAAGCUAUGUAAAGGAAUUAAGGGUCUUGUUGGGGCACCUGAAACAAUGAGUAAUUGCCGUGAAUGCAAUACACCUCAGCAGAUGAAUGGCUAUGACUGUGGUUUAUAUAUGCUGGCUAUUGCAGAACUUCUAUGCAGUUGCCAUCUACAGGAGCCUAAUGACAGUGGACAGUGUCGAUUUGAAGCAUUGGAAUUGUUGGAAGUUGGUCAAAUGAGAAGACGUAUUCUGAAAAUCAUUGAGGAUUUGAUGGACCAAGUUGAGAAGGAAUCUGCAUAGAGGUUGAUAUUGGCUCAAUUGUAGUUUGUUUUAUGAUCUUUCAAAAGGCAUGUCAUUGUUUUUCUUGAAAGGGAUCAGUCAAACUUUUCCUUUCUUGGUUUAUCUCUAUUGGCUGUUCACGGAUGAGGACUGAAUCAUGGUGUGCAAUUGGUUGAAUGUCA